AUGAAAACUGUUCUGUCUUCUCACGCUAUGGAAAAGCACUUAGAUGCUAGCAAUCUCGACGCUUCUGUGUUCUUUAACAGGGACAUAAUGAAUAAAUCUAUUCAGAAAUGUUUGGAUGAACCCGAUGAAGUGACACAGUGUGGCAAACGUUUUGAACUAACAAAAAGGUUCGAUUAUGAUAUUGGAAUUCGUGGAUACACUCAUGAGCCAACUCACAAAAUAAAAGUUGUGUACACCAAAACAAAGAAGGUCAACGAGUGGAAAGGAGAUAUGAGAGUCGAUAUUAGAGAGUGGCAAGGCGACAAACCAACGAAGAAAGGUAUCAGUUUAACGUUAAUGCGAUGGAAGAAUUUUGUAGACCAACUAACCUAUGCGGAUAAGGCGUUACAAGAUAAGCAGUCCUAUUGGAGUCACCUUGGAGGUAAUGUUUAUUGUAACAUUACAGAAAACAACGUGUGCGUGGACAUAAGACAGUAUUGGAUGCCAGAAAAAGAAGUGGUACCGACAAAGAAAGGCAUAUGUUUACGACCGAAAGAGUAUGUCUGUUUGAAAGAAGUUGUGUCACAGAUAGGAACAUCACUCCCUGAAUUAGACGCGGUGGUACCCUGUUAUUUACAAAGUGAUCACAUGAAUCAGUUAGGCGCGCUUCAGUGCACAGAAUGUAAUCCAAAUGAAUGUGGGAGUUACUGA